AUGCUCAAAUAUGCGUUUACAUACCUCUUAUUUCCCACACCAUUGGUAGAUGCGGGGAGGAAGUUUCUGAUUGUUGAUACGGAUAUUUUUAGUGAUGUAGACGACGCUGCCGCUCUCCUCCUUGCCUCUACUCUGCCCAGCAUCUCCCUCCUCGCCGUCAAUGUAAAUUAUGGCUCCUCAUACUCCGCACUCGCAGUCUCCGCCAUCCUAAACCACUACGGCCACCCCAAUACUCCAAUAAGCCUGCGACGGCCGUACACAAACGAUAGUUUCUUUGAUACAUGGGCGUACGAAUUGGGUGAAUAUGCUUCAAAGGUAGCAUACCAUUGGUCUGGUGGCUAUCUCGCAUGGUUCGAACCAGAAAAGACCUGGGAGCCUGUAGCUCUGUAUCGUAAGACGCUUGCUGGGGCCAACGAUGGAAGCGUGACGAUUGCUUCCAUUGGCUUUUUAGAGAAUCUAUCUGGACUGUUGAACUCGACCGCCGAUGAAUACUCGGGGUUAGAUGGAUACGAUCUUGUUAGCAGGAAGGUCAAAGAACUGGUCAUAAUGGGCGGCGGCUAUCCUUCCGGCCACGAGUUUAAUUUCUUCGGCGAUAAUCCCGUUUCCACUGCCCAUGUCGUUAACACAUGGCCGACGGCCAUUCCUCUAACUUUCCUCGGUUCUGAGGUUGGAGAGAUGGUGUCUACAGGCGCGAGAUUAACAAGAGAGGCCCCAACAGAUGAUCCUGUGAAAGCGGCGUAUGGGUGGUAUGUGGGAUAUAAUAUGACGAGGUUCUCAUGGGAUCCACUGACUGUGGCAUAUGCGUGCCUGGGGUUGGGGGAUUGGUUUCAGUAUGGAAAUACUGGGGGAUAUAAUUAUGUUUUUCCUAAUGGGUCGAAUGUCUGGAUUCAAAAUGCCAGUAUGUCGAAUCGGCGUUAUUUAAGGCUGAAAGGGGACAGUGGGACUGUAGCGGAGGAAUUGGAUGGGUUGUAUUUGAAGGGAGCGUGGAAGUAUCAGGAUAUGCGAAAAUCGCACGCUGGGUAG